AUGGAUCAACAAGCCUCUGCAAUCCCACACGUACUCGUCUUCCCACUCCCAGUUCAGGGUCACAUCACCUCCAUGCUCAAACUCGCUGAGCUCCUCUGCCUCGCCGGCGGCGGCGGCAUCCGGGUCACCUUCCUCAACUCCGACUACAACCACAAGCGCCUCCUCCAGUCCUCCAACGCCGAAUCCCGGUCCCAAAACUACCCCGGGUUCCGGUUCGAAACCUUCGACGACGGUCUUCCCAUGGACCAGCUCACAAAGGGCGAGAAGAUCUCCGAAUUGCUCGGAGAAAUGGACUCAAAAACCCGGCCAGUUUUCAAAAAUUUACUGGUUCAGAUCCAACCACCGGUCACCUGCGUCAUCGGAGAUGGCUCUUUGGGGUUCAUCAGCGACGUUUCGUUGGAAGAGAGGAAGAUAUGGAGAGGCUGA